UGGGAGAAGAUACUAUGGCGACGACAACCAUAUCCAGACAACCACGUCCCUUCCUCUUUCCUAUCAGAACUACGUUCACUCCCUCCUAGACCUAAACCACCGCUGUUUCCCCUCAUCCUAGCCGCAUUACCCGUCACUCAACAUCUCGCCGUACUCGCAUUGUUCAUAGCCAUCUUCCACUCUCUCCUCACAGACCGUCUGACCGCAUCUCAAGUCGGAUGGGGCACCAUACUAUCCUCCUCGUUUUUCUACUUCGUACACUCUUGGGGGUGGGGACGGUCACUCUCGUUCAAACAUAGCCUUGAUGGCAAGAGAAGGGGGAAUGAUGAAGAAUACUUACCCCCACCAACAAAGUUGCGACCAUUGAUACUACCCCCUCUGUUAUUAUCGUUGUUAUCACCCGUCUUGGGAACGUUGACCAGCGCGACGACAAGCGAUUCUAUAUGGCCUUUGGCGGGAGGACUGUUGUCUGUCCAUCUUCUCCUUGGUGACUUUAGUACCGGACGAGAUGCUCGUUUACGACAGCGUUGGGUGAAGGAGAGGGAAAAGAGGAAAAGGAGUGGGAGUCUGAGUGCUCAUGAACCUCUCAUUGAGGAGAAGAGUCUCACUUCGAGCCUCUCCUUCACCUCAGGCUUAUCAGGUGCAAUCGUGCUCGCCUCCCGCCUCCCAAGCACGGCCCAUGUCUUUUCGUUGGUACUCCUCGCCGUUGCUCUAUUCGCUGGAUGGCCUCGUGUUGCCAAGAGUGUAAGAGAAUCGGGACAACGAUUUUCUCUUCUUUUGACCAUAUCCACCCUUCUCGUCUCCAUAUCCUUCUUCCCUACUCUCUCACCUGCAAGCCAACUCCUAUCUCCCCCGACCUUGAUCCUCCUCGGUCUCGUGGCCCUCAUCAAUUUUGUCGGCCCUGCCAUGCUAUGUUGGGGAUGGAGAUGGAAGACCGUUCGUGGGGGUGGAUGGGAACCAGCCGUUGUCAACCUUCGCAAA